CCACCACAUCCAGUCGUACCGCGAAUGUUACAGUGUGCGCUUCGUGUGCGCGCUUCCCCGUACUUUUCUCCCUCGUAACGGCGACGUGGUGCUGCGCGAGGUCCGACAAAACGCGAAAAGCGAGCGUUUCGUUUCGUCACGCGGCGCUCGCCCGCCGGCGCCUCGUUCUUCUCUCACGCUCUCUCCUUUCUUCCUCCGUCUUUUUGUCACCGCCGAAAUUCUCAAUCUUUCUUCGAGCAAUCGUGAAGUUUGCCGCCGUCGGCCGUCGGUGGACGGCGCACAUUCUCGUCCCGUUCGCGUCGACGAAGGAAAGAAGAAGGCAAGACAGCAAAGUCGCAAGGGAAGAGGGAGGAAACGCAGGAGGAACAACGGCAAGAGGUGACGAUCGUCGUCCCCACUCCCCCUCCGCCCUCCGUUGUCAUCGUUCGAUGUGUGAAAAGUGCGCGAGCCCGCGAGAUCGUAACGGUAGCGUAACGUGCUGAACGUCGCCGCGGAAGAAGGCGCGCGGCACUCGCGGCAGUUUCACGCGGAACGGUAGCGCGCGCGGUCGCGCGUGUCGCCCGAUUGUCCUCGUCGCUGUUGUUUGUAUCGCGCGUAUACGAUUGAAAUCGGAGUAACCGUGGACGCGGAGUGGUAAGUCGAGAUCCGCCGAGAUCAACGUCAUUGCGAUAGGUUUACGUUAAGCGAGAUCGCGAUAACGAGGAGGCGAGCGGGCGAGCGGUCGAGCGGCGAAGAUGCAUUCCAGAUGGACGAUGACGCCGCGACCUCUGUAACGGUCGUCGUCGGGUAAGAGCGUCGUCCCUACCGUAUUUACUAUUUAUUGUUUUCCUUCACGCGAAAGUCCGCCGCCGCGGUCACGCGCGACGGUGUAUCGACGUGUAUCGCGCGGGUUAUGACGCGACGCGCCGCUUAGGGACGCUCGUCAAGCGCCGCUCGUCAACCGGAGCUACCCGGGGUAGCAGCCGCGAGUGCGUGCGUGCGUGCCUGUCGUGCGUGCGUGCGUGCGUGCGUGCUCGACGACAGCAACAGCGAUGAAGAACAACCCGGCGGCCGAGUCCUGGCCGCCGUCGGACCCGGGGACGGGUAAGGGAUCGUCGUCGCCGUCCUGCCUGGAGGCGUCGAUGCCGCGGAAGUUUCGCGAUGGGGCCCUUCGCGCGGCGGGGACCACCGUCGCCGGCCUCAAUUGGGCGAUGUGCGCCCUCUGCCUGGCCAGCUUCGCCGUGUCCGGCGUGCUCUUCUACCGCGAGCUCGGCCUCGAGUCCAGGAUCGCGAGUUUGGAGGCGCGCUGCCUGCGCGUCCAGGAGCCGGAGUAUCAUCUGCCGAUGGACGCUCUGGUGCAGAGGGUCAAGGCGGAUAUACUGGAGCAGAUGCGGCAGCAGCAGCCGCAACGGAUUGAGCCCGGCGCGGUCUUCAGGCACAAACGCGACAUCUCCGAGUGCAAUUGUCCUCCAGGUCCACCCGGUGAGCCGGGUCCGCCCGGAAAGAGGGGCAAGAAAGGGAAGAAGGGCGAUCCCGGGGAGCCCGGUGCGCCGGGUGUGGCCGGGACGCCGGGCAAGAACGGUUUUCCGGGACCCAUCGGCUUGGACGGGCCCAAAGGUGAUCCGGGCCGACCAGGCGACAAAGGGCAGAAGGGCGAGCUGGGCAGCCCCGGAUUCGACGUCUUGUCCGCAGUGAAGGUCAAUGCACAGGGAUUGGGGUUAAAGAGGUCGGUGACGACGCUCCGCGGCGGGACGCUCGGCUACGCGGAAAUCGUCGCCCUCAAGGAUCUUCAGGAGAAAGGGGUUAAUAUCUCAGCGCAGAACAUCAUACCACUGAAAGGAGAGCCGGGUGAACCCGGGCCGCCGGGACCACCCGGUCCGUCAGGAGCCGAGGGUCUUCCCGGACACGAGGGCAGACAGGGGAUUCCGGGCGAGGUUGGCGCACCAGGGGAGAAGGGCCCGCCCGGGCCGAUCGGACCCAUCGGCCCGACGGGCGCGCCAGGACUUCCAGGUCCCAAGGGUGACAGGGGUGAUAAAGGCGAUCGGGGCUUCACGACGACCUUAAAGGGUGAGCAGUUCCCAACUGGAGUAUUCGAAGGCCCACCUGGUCCACCAGGACCACCUGGGUCCCCGGGCGAGAAGGGAGAACUGGGCCCGACAGGACCGCCCGGCCUGCCCGGCGAGAAGGGUGCUCGGGGAAAGCAAGGGAAGAGGGAUUUCAAGGUUGGGAGCGGUUUGGCAUUGGCGAGGGGUGCCCCCGGCCUGCCGGGUGCGAAGGGUGAGCCCGGCGAACGGGGUUACCGGGGCGAUAAGGGCGCCAAGGGAGACGCGGGUUCAUCAGGGCCCAAGGGAGAGGCGGGAGCGCAGGGCUUGUCGGGGCUCAACGGAACCGACGGCGAACCUGGUAUCCAAGGACCCCCCGGAUUACCGGGAAUAUCCGGACCUAAAGGUGAAAAGGGCGAUUACGGCGACAUUGGUCCGCCCGGCCUUAUGGGACCUCCGGGUCUACCCGGCCCACCGGGAUAUCCUGGGCUGAAAGGCGAAAAGGGAGAAAAAGGCGAAUCGAAGUACAAAAAGCUCAGGCGAAGACAGGGAGACGGCACGUUCGAGAUGAACGCCGGGGAAGUGAUAAUGGGCCCGCCCGGACCCCCAGGACCCGCUGGUACUCCCGGACUGCAGGGCCCACCCGGGAUCAAGGGUGACAGAGGACACGACGGCGCCAAGGGCGAUCCUGGAGAAAAGGGUGGCAAAGGGGAUCCUGGUCCGAUGGGACUGCCCGGCCCCAUGGGACUGAGGGGAGAGUCCGGAAAACCCGGGGAUUCCGGGAAACCUGGCGCCAUGGGAUCACCAGGAUUAGACGGCAUGAAGGGCGCGCAGGGCGAACCAGGAACGAAGGGAGAAAGGGGAGAUCCGGGAUUGCCUGGUACCGACGGGAUUCCCGGCGCGGAGGGACCGAAGGGAGAGAAAGGUGCCAAAGGCGAAUCUGGGCCGCCGGGUAAACGCGGCAGAAAAGGCGACAAGGGCAACAAGGGAGAUCAAGGUGUUCCAGGAUUGGAUGCCCCGUGUCCGCUGGGACCGGACGGACUCCCCUUACCAGGCUGCGGCUGGAGACCACCGCAGCAGGAUAUCACGAGCACGUCCACGCCGGCGAACGAGGGUCCCGAGCCCGCGGAGACGGAUUACGAGGAGCCGGAGGACGAGUACGAGGACUAUACGGACCCGAACGGGAACCUAGCCGAGCAAUAAUGCUCGUUUUUGUGCGCUGCCCUAAUAACUACCGACAACUACCACCAAUACCAACACCAUCAUCAUCAUCACCACCACUACCACCACCACCACCACCACUGCCACCUUCAUCACUCGUCUCACCCCGUUCUCCCAAACUAACGUGGUCCCGCCGAGGAGCAACAUCCUGCGCCAAUGGCUGCAGGAGGAGCAGGAGGAUGGGGAGGAGGAGGAGGAGAACGAGCGGCAGUGAUGUUGCAAGGACAAUAGCGUAUUUUUUUCAUAAGGACUUCUGUAUAUCUUCCCGUUCCCGCCUCCGUCUCGUUACGACCGCGUUACGAAAAAAAAAAUCUCUAUAUAUAUAUACAUACUAUAUAUACGCCAAAAUAAUCAUCUUGCCAACGAGAGUGUUGUAAAUAUGUGUACUUACAGUGUCUAGCGUCCGCAGUGCGUGUACAUAAGUAAUUAGAGCUUACUGCGAAUUUACGAUCGUAUCGCGACGACAACGAUGGUCGUCGUAUCGUCGGCCGAUACGGUUACAGCCCGUUAACAUCACACACAUCCACACACACAUACACAGACAUGCACAUAUACACACGUGCACGCAUACAAAAGUAUACGGUGACGGAUCCGCGGAUCGAUACCUCCGGUUCCGUGCGCGAGGAGAGACGAGGAAGAGGCUCUUCCGGGUGAACUCGAGACGAUCCCUGCGUGGAAGAACGUCGCGUCUCCAGGACUGCGAGGACACACUUCGGAGCAAACGGACGAGCGACAAUCCCGGAAAGAAUCGCAGUGAAGUGCGCGAAGGACGCAUCUCGCGGAUCGGGCGUGACAGUACGGAUGAGAUGAGGAAGAAGAAACUCGAAUCCGCUUCCCGUGCGGAUCUCGCGUCGACGCGAGGAGCUGCGAAAGGACACACUCUCUGCGGAUUUGGAAAACGAGCUACGAGAGAGCCACGAGAGAGGGAAAAAUUGCAAUCCACCGACGGGAUUAGCUUUUAGCCGCGGCUUGAGGUGCGCCUCGAAUCCACAGUCUCCUUCCUCCUUUUGUUCUCCUGUCUUUUAUCUUCCAAACAUUAUUUUUAUUUCCUCUCUCGCGUCGACACUCUCGUUGCAAACUCCGCCCGAUAUGAGAGAGACAUUGCCGAUACAGACGAGCUCGAGGACUUCUUGAAAAUUGCUUUUCUUCAUCAGGUCGCGCGUUUAUAAUAGCUAAUCCCGCGGGAGGAGACGGACGCCGCCGAUCCGUGCGACCUGCGAAGAGAGACGAGCUUCGCCGUACUUUGAUCGCGCGACGAAAGGGAACUUUUUGAUACGAUUCUAGUUUGAUUAGUGGCGCGCCGUUCCGCGUUAUUGCCGUCUAGAUCAGAGAAUCGUAUUCUAGCGUCAGGUACCGUGUGUAACGCGAGGAAGGAGAAAGGGGCGGGACUCAUGUCUUGUACACACAUGCAUUAUCAAUGCUUGCGAGAGGUACCGCGGAAUGAAUCAGCGAGUGUAUGUCUUCUCGAUGUCAGAAAUAAGCUCGCAGCUGUACUGCCUUUUUCCCUUUCUAUCCUUCUCGGACGUUCGUAGCUUCGUUUCCUCACGCGCAAAUAUUUUCCAUACGUCGCGAGGUGAUGUCGCGCGCGCUCGAGGCG